AUUGUCAGUGUUUACAGACAAGUUUUUAUUCCAAGAUAUCGCUUCUGUGUUAUAUUAUAGAGAAACGCACAAUCAGACUAUAAUUCUUCACGACCAUGACGUCGACUGCUGUUGUUUUCGGAACUUUUUUAAUGAUGGUAUGUUUAGUUUUAGAUGUAAUUGGGAUUGCCACGGAUUAUUGGAUGGUCGUCGGUGUGUCGCAUGCUGGUUUAUUUAAAGUUUGUGGAUUUGGGGUGUGUGUUACUUAUAUAGCACACGAUGACAAUUUUUUCAACGUGCACUACCUUGGCACUGCUGGAUGUUCUUGUGUGUGUGCCUUACUCCUGCUUGUGGCCUGCUUGAUUGGAUUUUGUGGCUGUAGUCGGGAAUACAGUAAACCUGUUGUCCAGAACUUAGGAGGAGUAGGAAUGACUGCAGGGUUCUUUGGAACGAUUGGGUUUCUAUGGUAUUAUCUGUAUUUCUUCCAAGGAUUUUUCAACAAUGGAGUACAGCUUUUUUCUAUCAUUGGAAAUCCAGGGUGGUCAUUUUAUUUGUGUGCAGUGGCAAGUGGAUUGUCUUUAAUCGUGUCAAUUACGUUGAUUAUAGUCGGAUGCAACAUGCCCACAUCCAAUGGCGCCAUAAUGCCACAACCACCUACUAUUGUUAUGCAGAACCAACAACAAUCGUAUGCCCAGCCGUCUGCACCACCACAACAAAAUAUGUACUAUUGACAUGAUGUACAAAUGUUAACUGUAAUAUAUUACCGUCCAAUUCGUGUGUAUUGUUGUUCAAUGAUAUGAAGUAAUUCAAAGUUUAUAGUAAAUUAAAUUCUUUUGAUAAUACUAGCAA